CCAAUCGCGCUGCCGCUGGGAGGAUGCGCUAUGCUUCCGUCCCCCCCCCUCCAUUUAUCCGUCCGCGGCAGCUCCUGCAUGCCGAGCCCCUUCCCCUCUCUACGCCGCUCGUCGAGGGGCGAAGGCUGAUUCAUUUCCCCCCUUUCCCCUUUGCACUGCCGCGUUUCUGAAGAUCUGAGCAUCAAACGUGCUGUUCACUGAAGCAUGAGCUUUGGACAUGGCCACCCACCGCUGCACUCGGAAGCCUUGGCUGGCCCCCGGGAUCUCUAGAAUGAUUUGGAAACAUCUUGUUGUCAUCUCCCUCUGGCUGCCAUCAUUUGUUUUGGGUGGAGCCUCUCCCACUUCCUGCCCAGCUGCUUGUUCCUGCAGCAACCAAGCCAGCCGGGUCAUCUGUACACGCCGGGAACUGGUGGAAGUGCCCGAGAGCAUUUCAAUCAACACACGGUACCUCAAUCUGCAGGAGAACAACAUCCAGGUGAUAAAGACAGACACUUUCAAGCACCUUCGUCAUCUUGAGAUUUUACAACUUAGCAAAAACCUCAUCCGUAAGAUUGAGGUUGGUGCCUUCAAUGGCUUGCCCAAUCUCAAUACUCUGGAGCUCUUUGACAACCGGCUAACAACUGUCCCCACACAGGCCUUUGAGUACCUCUCCAAGUUGCGGGAGCUAUGGCUGAGGAACAAUCCCAUUGAAAGCAUCCCUUCUUAUGCCUUCAAUCGAGUCCCUUCUUUGCGGCGUCUGGAUCUUGGAGAGCUCAAGAAGUUGGAAUAUAUCUCAGAAGCAGCUUUUGAAGGUUUGGUCAAUUUGAGGUACCUGAACUUGGGCAUGUGUAACCUUAAGGAUAUCCCAAAUUUGACAGCCUUAGUACGGUUAGAAGAACUUGAGCUUUCUGGAAAUCGCCUGGACAUGAUCCGUCCAGGCUCCUUCCAAGGCCUGACUAGCCUUCGCAAAUUGUGGUUGAUGCAUGCCCAAGUGGCCACCAUUGAACGCAAUGCUUUUGAUGACCUUAAGUCAUUGGAAGAACUCAAUCUCUCCCACAAUAAUUUGAUGUCCUUGCCCCAUGAUCUGUUCACCCCUUUACACCGCCUAGAGCGUGUCCACCUCAAUCAUAAUCCUUGGCAUUGCAAUUGUGAUGUGCUGUGGCUCAGCUGGUGGCUCAAAGAGACAGUGCCCAACAACACUACCUGCUGUGCCCGGUGCCAUGCCCCACCAAACCUCAAAGGGCGAUAUAUUGGAGAGCUGGAUCAAAGCCAUUUUACUUGCUAUGCCCCUGUUAUAGUGGAGCCUCCAACUGAUCUUAAUGUGACUGAGGGAAUGGCUGCUGAGUUAAAGUGCCGAACAGGGACCUCCAUGACAUCAGUGAACUGGCUCACACCCAAUGGCACACUGAUGACACAUGGUUCCUAUCGGGUGCGCAUUUCUGUCCUUCAUGAUGGCACACUCAACUUCACCAAUGUGACAGUCCAAGACACUGGGCAAUACACCUGUAUGGUGACUAAUUCAGCUGGCAACACCACUGCUUCAGCCACACUCAACGUCUCAGCUGUAGAUCCAGCCACUACCGGUUAUACUUACUUUACUACUGUAACUGUGGAGACCAUGGAUUCUAGCCAAGAAGAAUCAAUUCCUACAAAGAAGGAACCUGGGCCAACACCUUCCCAAGGCUGGGGCAUGACUUAUUCCACUACUUCACUGACUCCUCGCAGCACACGCAGCACUGAGAAGCCAUUUACUAUCCCAAUCACUGAUGUCACAGAGAACGGCAUGAAAGAUUUGGAUGAUGUAAUGAAAACUACUAAGAUCAUCAUUGGCUGUUUUGUAGCCAUUACCUUCAUGGCUGCUGUGAUGCUCAUUGUCUUCUAUAAGCUUCGUAAGCAGCAUCAGCUUCAUAAGCAUCAUGGACCUACCCGCACUAUUGAGAUCAUCAAUGUUGAAGAUGAGCUGCCUGCAGCAGCUGGAGCUCCCGGUGACAGCCACCUUGCACUUCCUGCCAUUGAGCAUGACCACCUCAACCACUAUGCUGCUUUCAAGGCCCACUACAAUAACAAUAGUGGUGGUGGACCCCUCACGUGCUCCAAGAACCCCAUGCUUAAUUCCAUCCAUGAACCUCUUUUAUUCAAGAGCAGCUCUAAAGAAAAUGUCCAAGAGACACAGAUAUGACAGCCACAGCCUGAGGAAAAAAAUAAUAAUUCUGUGGUGGGAGGGCGGCAAAGGAUUAGUAUAUGCAGUGAGGAACAUGUUCAGGAAUAGCUCUUGCCUCCUCACUUUAAAAACAAACAAAAACAAACACAGGUCUUUCCACCACUGUGGCAGAUCUUGGAUUCCCAAGCCUCCACCAGUAGAUAUCUUUGAUUCUCACCAAGUUAGCUUUUUAUGUUCUCUUCUUUUUUCCUUCUGCAAAACAAGACACUGCUCUCACCUUCUGCCUGAUCUUCCCUUUCUUUUCUUUUUCUCUCCCCUUUCCUUUUCUUAUUUUUCUACCAUACUCCCUUUACAUUGGAGACUUUUUUUUAUACAGAUGGGGCUGUUUCUGUAUCCAACUACCUGCUGUUUUACUUUGAAAUGAAAGAAAGAAAGAAAAGAAAAGGAAUAAUAACAGUGACAAAGGAGGAAGGGAGGACAUUUUCCUUUCAACGUCAUGGGAAUAAUGUUUAGGAAGAAGAAUAAAAACCAAGUGGAACGGGAAAGGGAUUUUAAAAAAUCUUAUUUUGAGCUGCUUUCCGUCAAAAUUCUAUUUUCAUCCAUUGGGAUACACAAAAUAAAUUAAAUAAAGAGAUGGGAGGUCAUAAUGGUGCCAGGAUCCUCACCCCACCCUGCCCCACCUUUGGAGCAUGUGGGGAUGCUGGGCACACAGGGUUUGGGGAAAUUUUUUAUGACUAGUAUUAUUACUAUGGGAAAGCAGGCACAGCCAAUGUGCUCCCCAGAGACACAGGGGUGUGGAGGUAUUUUUUAAUUUGUAAUAAUCUAGGGUGGGAAUGUUGGGUUUGAUGGGGGUUGCACUUCCGGCCUAAAAAAAUUGAAAAAGAAAAAAAGGGCCUGUGGAUUCCCGUGACAUUUUGGGGUCUGGUCUGAGUUUCUUAUUUUAAUAAAAUCCAUAAAGAUGUUUCCAAUCCUCCCUGGGAUGGUUUUUUCAGUGGGGGGGGGGAAAUAAAUGUGAGCUAUUAUUCAAAUGCAUAAAAUGCAGGGACAAGGAUGAUUUUUGGCAGCAGUGCAAAUGUAUAUAGGGGCACAGGAAGGUAUAUGCUAGUACUACUCUUUUACUUAAUCCUACUCUUCCUGUUCCUGACCUUAUUAAGCUAAGCUACCAAGUAAUAAGACUGUGUAUGUGGAUUGUGGGUUCUUGCAUUGAUUGCUUUGGGUGUUCCAUUUAUGUUCAAGAACUCAUAUGUAGAAUCCUUCUUUAAUUUCCGCCCGUUAAUGAAGAGGUCACUGACCAAGAAAGUAAGAUAGCACAUACUAGAGACUUUGGGAAUGGGGCCAUCAUAUAUGGAUCUGUGAUUUUCUGUGCUUUCUUUGAACCAGGUUGGUCAUCACACAUGAACUACCCUAAUAUCAAUGAGGUAGAGAUGAAGGUACUGCAACAUACACAAUUUCUCCCCAACACACAUAUUCUGCUACAGAUCAGGAGGGAUUCAACAGUUGUGAUUUACAUCAUUCCCGACCAUAGGAAGUAUAGUGUGAUCUCUAUGGAUGAAUCUGCUUUCUUAUAUGGAGACCAAGGACUAAUCAUUUUAAGAAACAAUUUUUUUUACAUAUUAUGGUAUUAUGGGAAACCACAGAGUCCCAAAACUCAUUGUUAGUAGUCAUGGGAUGUGAAAGAUGUAGCCCAACAACCUUUGAAAGGCCGGAGUUUUCCCACCCAUCAUGCGAGAAGAAAAAUUCCCACAUCUAAAGACUUCACGUUAUUUAAACUUCAACCCAGAAGAAAGCAACAUAUGUUAUUUCAGCUAGAUAUAACAAGGCAAUCUGCUGCACCUUCAUAAGUGUUGGGACUGUAGUUUCUCAGUUGGAAAGCUGAAUAUUUGGGGAAAGCUGUGAUAGAUGGGGAGGCUGAGAACUUUCAGGCUUUCAUGAGAAAAAUUGGAUUGAAGAAAAGAUGGAAGGAAACAUCAGAAGAUUACAUCACAAAAGAGACCUGGGAAUGGAGAAGCAAAACUUUCAGGAGGCGUGAAUGUUUGGGAUAGGAUAGAAUCAACACUGUCUCCCCAACCUGAUCUCCUGGGCAGGCAAUUUAUGUCAAAAGAUGAUUUGAGGAUUUGGAGAGUUUAAUACAUAUAGAGGACAUCCAGUUGGGAAGGAUUCUUAUUAUUGUUAUUGUUAUUGUGAGUUGCUCACAGUUGCUUAAGAGGGUCGUUCAAACAAAUCUUUCAAAUAAAUAAAGGUGGUCUAGAUAUUUAAGGAAUAUGGAUUAGAUCAGGUUUUUGAAGGAUGAAAAUAAGGAAUUAUUUGGUUUGUGGAGUGCUAUGAAAAAAUGAAGGGUGAGGGAUGACAACUUUUGACUAGAUAGGAGAAAAUUGCUGUAGUCAAGACAAAAUAAUGGUGAAAUAUGAAAAAGGGGGGGGGAUUUUCAAAAGGCUGAAGAAAAAUGAGCUAUUCUUUUCUUGCACACAGAGAAGUGACAUCUUUUGGUGGUGGAUUCUGUGUGGAAGCAAAAUAUGCCCACUAAGAAAAAAAAAUAUUCUCUCUGUGUUUAUCUUUUUUGGGUAGUAAUAUCAAAAUAAUUUUUUAAAAUAUAUUUUUAUUAAAAUAGUUUUUCUUAACAUAAAAUACAAAUGGAAAUAAAGAUAAUGGAAAGAAUAGGAAGGAAAGAAGUUAGAGGAAAUAAAAUAAGGAAAGAGGAAAAAAGAAACAAAAAGCAGUAGUUUCCAAUUUUUUUCAAUGCAGUAAGUUACCUAAUAGAGUUAUAGUAUCAAGUUUUUUCUUGUGCCAAAUAGUAACUACAAGCCAUUUCUAUACCAGUAGCCCGUUUAAUCAUCAAAACCCAAGACCAAAAUUUCAUUUUUUUCCCUCUUUCAUACAGAAAGUCCAGAAGUGGUUUCCAGGUAACCACAAAACUAUUUACCUUGUUAUCCCUAAUUAAUGCAGUUAACUACAUCACCAUCUCUGCCAGUUCCAUCAUCUUCUCAAUCCAUUCCUCCAUUGUGGGGGUUAAUGCUUCUUUCCAUUUCUGGGCAUAUAAAAUGUUUGCAGCUGUCAACAUCUAUAGUAACAAAGUUCCAUUUCCCCCCAAUUCCUUAUCUAAUAAUCCUAGAAGAAAAGUUUCUGGUUUCCCUUGUAAUUGUCUAAAGAAAUUAUGAGGAAAGGAAAACUUCAGAAGAAAGAUAAGAUGAUUAACCUUAUUUGCUGUGGGCCAGCCAUCCUGUACUACUCUGAAUAGGCAGCUGGCCUUACAGGAUUGCCGGAAGGGAAGAGAACUCUUAGCAGAAAGGCAGCAGGGCUUGUCAGCAACCUACAAGAGUAUGGAAAGCCACUGAAUUAGAGGAGGUUGUUGGGAGAGAACAGUAGGAAGGGGCAGAUUCCAACAAAGAGAAAGGGAAACCCUAGGAAAGCACUGUCUCUCGCACAAACACUUAGUAGAAAGGUUGGAAAAGUGUUUGUAAAGAAGAAAACCCAGCCGAGAGGAGUUUCACAGUGACCAUGACGUGUUAAAAGGAUUUGAGAUGUAGAAGUAUCCACCUCUUUCAAAGACAUUAGAAAUCAGGAGGGAGAAGAAGAAAGUAUUUGGAUUUGCCAUACAGAGGUGAUCCAUAAAUGGCUUCUAUAGACAGUCAAACUGAAGUCCCUCAGGACUACAUGGAGCACUUGGUCCAAUUAUAAAUCUGAUUCCUAAAGGUUACUUUAAAGCAAAAAAACAAUAAAGGGGACAAGGAGAACAACAGGGUAACUAGGUCAAGGGGAAACAAGGAAGAUGCUGAAGGUGCAAACAUGAUGAAGAAUGUGAGAAAGUAUCAAAGUUUCCAGCUUUACUUUACUGAAAAAGGAAUAGCAUAUCAGCUGCAUCUUUUGGAAAUUGAAGUUCAGAAGACAUUCAGUUGGAGAAGAGUGCUUUAAAAAUGGAAGAUAGUGAUUGUGCUCCUUCAGAUGUUUUUGGAUUACAGCAUCUCUCAUCAUUGGUCCUACAGUGCUUAAUGGGACUGCUGGGAACUAGAAUUCAACUAUAGUUGGGAAACCACUGAUUGCCUGCUUAGGCUCUAGUCUACAAGGUCAGAGACAUGGGAGAAAAGCUGCAGUGGAAGACAAUGAUACCUCUGUAAUAACAUUUUUACACAUAGGUUGCUUUACCAAAUUUAAUGGAAGUACAGACAAGCAACUGAAGUUGGAGAACCAGAUUUAUUUUUUAUUUAUUUAUAUUCUGCCUUUAUUAUUUUUACAAAUAAUAGGUGGUGAAUAUACCCAACACAUCCUCCUCUUCCUAUUUUCUCCACAACAGCUCUGUGAGGUGGUUGUGCUGGGAAAGAGUGACUGGCCCAAAGGCACCUUUGGCUAAGGCUUGGGCAGGACUUGAACUCUUCUGGUUUUCUUGGUUUCUAGCCUGAUGUUUUAAUCAUCAAGACCAAAUUGGCUCUCAGAUUCACAGUGUCCCCGUUCCUUCAAAUCAAAAUAAAAUGGUGGUGCCUGUGGUUCAAACCAACUGCCUUUCAGCAUACUGUAUCUGCUGUACCCCUUUUCCUCUCACAUAUUAAAAUGGGUGCAUGCCUCCCUGAUCAUACUUGCAUGUAACUAAACUAAACUUGUUCCAGCCUAACAAUCACUUAGGUUCGUAUUUCUGAGACAUGGCUUUUUAUUGCCCAUUUAUUCAUUAUCUAGUCCAAUUCUACACACAUAUCUGGAAUGGCUACCUGAUUUACAGUUUAUCCCAAAGCAAAGUGGAAUCGCAUCUUUUGUAAAAUUUAAAAAGAGAUCUUUGUGUGGGUUGAAGAAGUCAUUCUUUCUUAAAACACACAUAUGCACCCAAAAAUUCAGGACCACAGGAAGAAAGAAGACUUUGGUAGUGCUGCAGAAAAGCGGAGGUAUGUGUAUGUGCUAACAGAUGCGGUAUCUGGUACUGCAAGUAUAUUUUCUUGAAAGUGUGCUGGUUUAUAUCUUUAUGAAUGCCAAAAACUUGAAACAUUUUGGCAAUACCUUCCAUGUAUUCUGUGUUUUUAUUCCUAAAAUUCUAGUUUCUUUUUACCAAGAAAUCCCAAACUAAUAUAAAUGGAUGUUGGUUGGUACAUUGUAUUCAGAUUCAGAUUCAAAAUCCUUCUAUUAUUGUCUACUGAGUUUCUAUGUAUAUUAUCAAUACCUUUGCUCAGUGGGAGCAGAGGGAAUAUAUCUGUAUGAAUAGUAAGGUUUAAAAAAAGCUGUUCCCUUGACUUCUUAGCAUUAAUUUGAGAGGCACAACAGGCAGCUACAUUCUCCCAACAAGAUUAUGCUGAUUUUUUGUGUUUCCUCCUGGGAAUGCAAAGUUGUUUCAAGCCAGUAUGUGCUGUUCUUUCAAAGCACUACCUGUGCUGUGAGAUUUGGAUCUGCAAGGCGCAGCAUGUUGAACAAUAAAAAUCAGCCAGGAAGCAGUUUCCAUAUUUCUCUGGCUGGAAAAGAACUUCUACCACUUUUCAACUCUCACAUUUUUUUCUUCUGAAGAACAAGUCCAAGAAGAAAGAGGAAAACUGAUUGAACCUUAAACCUUAACUUUUAUGAUCAAAGAUAGAUAUGAUAUUUAAGAUCCGUGUCUAGCAUUCUUGAUAUUAAGGGUUCAAAGUUCAAAGCCCUAAAUUGAUUCAGCCAGGAAGGUAUUUCUUUGUUUUAAAACAUUUCCAACUGAUUCGUUUCCUGACCACAAUGGCUUUUUCUUAGGGAAGUGUUGCCUUUCUCCUGCCUCCAUGAGUUAAUCUAUCAGAAAAACACAAGCUGAAACUCCUGUGCUGUUUGCAGCCUUCUCCUCCCCACCCCAUUUUAAAGAUGAUCCCUUGAGCCCCUAACAUUUGCCACUAUCUAUAAUUCUUUUUUUUUUAGUAUGACACAAGAGGAAAAUUAUGAGAUAUAAUCACAUUAACUGAAAGGAACUAAUUCAAAUUUAAUUAACUUGAAAAUUAAAUUAAAUCUAACUUUGUUUCUGUCCAGCUCCAAUCAUUUCUUUAUCCUUUACCUAAUUUUUUUUUUUGAAGCAUACUUUCCCAGCAUUUCCAUCAAAGACUGAGAGGUUUGUGCCCUGAACAAAAUGGAGGAAGCAUUAAGAUUAAGGAUAAAGACAGGCAGAAGAAAAAUUAAAGAUCUCUCUACCAACACUGAUAUCAUAAUCUAGAUAGUGGCUCCCCUUAUGUUUGAAGAAAAGAUGAAGCUGAAGGUUACAUUCUCAUUAUCAUUGUUUUUUCUCAUCUGCAUUUCCUGACUUCCAGAGCUGAGGAGAAAAAGAAUUGAACUCAACAUUCCCACUAAUUAUGGAUGCACCUCCCAUUUUGAAAUUCCAGUUGUUUUUAUUGGCAAUUACAGCAAAGUUAUUUUUUUAUCCUUCAUUCCACUUGCUGGAGAUGCUGACAAUUCUUUGUUCUAAAUAUAAGGGCUGUUCUAAAAUAGAGUAGCUUUUAUUGAUCAGCCAUUUAAAAUGGAAUAACUUUUAUUUGCAUCUUAGUUUUUGUAAUACAAAGGAAAACGGAAACCCAAAUUCAAAACUAUAAAAUCCAUUAAUAGGGUACAUUUUUUCAGUACCAACUGAUAAUGUUCUCCUGUGCGAAUGAACCUGAAUUAAUAAUGGUACCUUACAUGCCAGGAAAAUUUGCUUGUGUAUCAGAGGAACUUUGGUUCUAUAACUCAGGAAGUAACACUGUAAUUAUACCCAAUAAUUUCCUCCUAAUUUAAUGUGCUUUGUGAUAUCACCAAUAAUCCCAACAUAUAUUGAUGCUAUGGAAAAGUUAGAUUAGCAUUUGGUAGGGUAGCAACAGAAAUCUUGGAACAGAUAUCCAAAUGCUUUAAUGUGUUUAUACUUACAAAGAUCAGAAUUGUGCAAGCCAUAAUAUUCCCUGUGAUACUCUGUGGAAACAAAAAUUGAACUUUGAAGAAGCAGGGUAUGAAGAGUAUGGGUGCUUUUGAACUUUGGUGUUGGAGAAGAUUCCUGAGAAUAACAUGGGUAGCCAAGAAAGCAAAUCAAUGGAACAUCAAAAAGAUUAAUCCAGAGAUCUUACUUGAAAAACAAAUAACUAGGUUCAAAUUAUGAGAAGACCCAGCUUUCCUGGGAAAGGCAGAAGGAAAGAGAAUAAGAAGAUGAUUAGCAACAAGAUGGAUAAACUCAAUUAUAGUGGCUGCACAGAUGGAAGACCUGAAAGACUAGAUUAGAUACAGAUCAUCAUGGAGAAAUUUUAUCUAUGUCACUAAAAGUUGACAACAACUUGAUGGACCUAAUUAAUUAUUUAACUACUAAUACUAUUGAUACUACUACUACUGCUAUUAUUAUUUACACUACCAGUGUGUACAGAACAUUAGAGGAGGAGUACUGUAAAUGGUACUCUUCAGUCAGAAGUGUGGGGGGAAAUAACCUUAUAAACUCAUGUUCUAUUGGUAAACUAUUCUGUGUUUUCAUUAUCACUUCUUGUCACCAGGGAAAAAAUUAUUAAGGAUAGUAAAAAACAUCCAUGACUGUCAGUUCUGCAAAAUAUUCAUCUGGAAGCAUCUCACUAUACUGAAUGGUUGUGCAAAAUGAUAAUAACUGCCUUGUAGCUUUGAUAUCUAAAAACUGGCUAAGGCUUCCUUAAGUCUCGUCAGUCUUUUGUAAAGUAUAUCCCAGAAAACUGAACUACGUUAUUAUAAAUACAAGGAACUAUAUGCAAUUUUAUAUCUUCCAAUAUAAAAUUGUAUAUAAGAAAAACUAUAUGGGAAAAUGUAUGUGAUUAUUCUUGCUAACAAUAUUUAAAACUUGGCUAUGGUUUAAUUGUGAGGGAACAUGUAAAUUGUGGGGAAACAUGUAAAGCACAGAUAGCACUAAAAAAAAGUAAGUUUUAAGAUGAAAUUUGAAGAUAAGGGUAGCACUUUCAAAUGUUCUCUGGGAUAUAAGUCCCUAAAAUGAACAAUCUUAAACAUAAAGGGCUGAUAUUUUAUUAAAUAUCUCAGAAAUAAGAGACUGUCUACUGAGAAGGUUAUGAUAUGUCAUUACCAUUUUAAUGGUAAUGGAAAGCUGGAAAGGAAAAGAGAUCUCUUAUGCCAAGAUAGAAAAGAACAGCUGAAGAAACCAUAAUUCAUGUGAAGUUCCAAAAAGAAAAAAGGGAAGAAAGAAAGAAAGAAAGAAAGAAAGAAAGAAAGAAAGAAAGAAAGAAAGAAAGAAAGAAAGAAAGAAAGAAAGAAAAGAAAAGAAAAGAAAAAGAAAAAGAAAUGAUCUCUGCCCUAGAAUCAUUCUUCAAUAUAUGUUGCUCAUUUCCUGGUAGCCAUUUCUCACUUUGUUCCCCACAUGUUUUGACAAUAUAAAAAUGGAUGGUUAAAUUCUAUUUAAAUAUUUGUAAGAAUUUAAGGACAUAAAACAACUUUUCCCAAGCUAAUGUCCUGAAAUAUUUUAGGAUUCUAGAUCCUAAUAGGGACUAUAGUGUAUUUUUAUUUAGUAAACAAGUUUAAAUCUAUGUAUGAUUAAUUCAGAAUAAUUCUGACUCUGUAAGGGCACCAUGGUCUUAGGCAAGUCUACAUAAAAAUGCCAGAUUAGUUGAUUAAUUGCAGUAAUGUGUUAUAAAACAUUUCGCUAGUUUUGAUCAAAUGAUUAAAUUAAUCUGAUUGUUAACUGUGAUGACAGGACUUGAAACUUCAACUAUAUUUGGAGAGAAUAACUAUAAAUUGUUUAUCUAUUAAAUAUACAUUUGUUUCAGGUUUCAGGGUGAACGAGUAAGAUGGAUAGAAUCCGUUUUAUUUCAUUUUCUCCACAUUUCAUUUGUUUUAAAAUAUAUUUGUUUAUUUUUUCUGAUUUCUCUAUGAUUGUAAAUUGUACUGGAAUCAUCAAUCAUCAUAAGGAGUGAAAUUACAUUGGAAAAAUUUACAACAGGGACAAUAUUAAUCUGAAAAUCUAAUCUGUGCUUUAAUUUGAAUUUUUAUCAAUUUAUAAAGCAAGAUCACAAUCAAAGGCCACAAUUUCAAGACUGUACUUGAAAUAUAUCAAAUCUUUUAUUGCCGCACAGCACUCCAUGCCAUAAAACAUUGUACAGAAUAAGAAACUUCAUAUAGAUAAUAUUAUUGUCGAAUCAAUGGAAAACAGUUAUUUAGAAAACUAAUAUAAAUGGUUUUAAGAAUGUCAUUAGAAUUGAUAAACUAAUCAGUUGAUGAUAUUUGAAUAAGAUUCCUAGACUUGAUAUUUCUUCCUAAAUCCCUUUCUAUGAAGCAUGGCUGGUCAAUAAACUGCUUGAUUUAUUUUAUUUAAAAAUCUGGCUGUAGGAUCCUUGAGACUGGUAAGAUUUUAUCUUCUUAUUGCAAGUAUGUACAAAUCCUCACCAGAUUUUCUUUCAUCCCCAGCCCAUAGCUUAACAUCAGCUCAAAGUCAGCUGUUAACUGUUCCAUUUUUGAAGUAAUAUGCUCCUUCUCCUCGCACAAUUUUUGUUAUGAAUAAAAUACUGGAUAUUUCACUGACAAUGUGGUUGUGAAUGCAUCAGGAAUGGGAUAUGCCCAGCAUCUUUGGACAUUUUAGUCUAGUGUAAACAGGCCCCUUGCCCUCUUUGUUGCUGGGCACUGCUCUACAUGAACUUUGGCUUUUGCUACAGAAGAGUUGAGGUGCUUGACUUCCAGAGAGGCAUCUGCCCAUGAUGGGUGCUUUCUAAGCUCCAAUAGAGCUCACUCCUGAUAAGCAAGGUUUUAAUGGUCAUUUGAAAGAGGCCUAGGCCUUUGUUCUAAAACAGGACUAGUACAAUUGCCUUGAAGGUCAUUUUAACCAUGAAAGAGCUGAGUUCAGCCAUCUAUAUAUUGUUGGUUCUGACACCAUUGGGCACAUUCAAGUUUUCUGCUUCUUGGGAGCUUCAUGUUGUACUUUUUACUGUUUUAAUUUCUUGGGAUGAUGAUGAGUUUUGGGGAGCUUCUUCUUCUAUGCUGGCAACCUGUCUGCCAGAUUAUUUUUAGAGAGUUUUAUCUCUCUUUCAGAAGAGUCCUAAAUCCCUGUUUAGAAAUAGAUUGAAAGACAAAUAGAUCAUAGGUCCAUAGCACCUCCACAGAGUUUUUUUAGUUCAGCCAAUUGAAAAAUAGCUAAGUACAUCAUUCCAAUAUAUGUUUAGCUGCAUUCCAUCCUACAGUAUUGAGAGAUAUUAGUGUUUUCUUGUUGGCAGCCUUACAACAAGAAAACUCUCUAAUGUAGAGUUUUGGUAUUUGGCAAUCAGAAACUGGAUACCUGGAAAGUUGAUGUCAAAGUUAGAAAGACCCUUAAUGCUAACAUCAGUUAGCUCAUUGAGUUGAGUUUCACGGGGCAGAUUAAAGUACCAGCCAACUCAGUAUCUUUCCUUAUCUUUCAUAUUAGUAGAAUCCAAUCCUUGUCAUGAUGGUGUAGUAUCCUAUCUGCAUAAGGUCUGACUCUUUUUGCUGUUCUAUGUGUGUUCCAGUUGUCUAAUUAAAUACACUAUUUAAUGGCUGGGCAAUUAUUUAAGAGCUGAUAGUGGAUAUUUCCUACCUCCCCUCUUACGAUAUGCAUGUUAGUAUUGCCUAGAUAAUGAAUUUAUCACUGGCAAUUAAAGCUGGCCUACUAUUAAGAACUGUUCUUCUUAAGAGGGGAUAGAAUUACAAACAUUUCCCAACUGGACAUUUUAGCAAGAUGGCUAAGGUUUAAGGAGCAUGGAUCAAAUGGUUUGUGCUGCACAAAGCAACGGGCUAAAAUUAUUUAAAAUGUGACUUGAGCUAGUAUCAUAUAAGCCAGAAAUAAAAUUGGGGUUGCCAAAUUGUUCCAAAUCAUUGGCAAGGAAAUAUUCCCAAUGAAGUUAGUUUGAUGCAGCUUGGUAACUAAAUGAUUUAACCAUUAAACAGUGGAGACUCACAAACAUAGAUAUCCACUAUGAAUAUUAAUCUAUAUAGCAGGGGAAAAGCUAGGUUGGAAACAGUUUCCAUCUUUUCCUAUACAGAAGAAAUAUGUACUUGUGUGGUAAAAAAAAGUCUGUUUCCUUAGAUAAACCACCACUCUACCAUUUGGAAUUGAAGUGAUUAUCUGGCACAAUUUUCACUUUGGAAAGACAUGAUUCUGUUAAAAAUGUAUCUGCAAAGGGGCAGCUCCUCAUUUUGGUCAAAGGAGCUACCAUGAAGAGAGACUAUUCUAUUUGCUUCAUUGGCAAGGGGAUUAUUGCCUGACCUUGAGUAUGGAAAUUCAGGAUGCUGCAACUCAUUUCGGUUGGGCAGACUAAAAAGCCUCCUUAACUUCUCUUGGGAGGCAAGGUAAUUCUCCAUGCCAUGGAAGAUUAGGUAGCCAUCUCUGUGCCAUAAAAAUAGAUUUCACACAAUGUAUGUAACUAUGAAAACAACAAUAUGAUUCUAGCUGAAUGCUCAGCAGCUUGCUCAACAUUUGUUUAGAUACUUUCAGGGAUGUACAGAUUUAUUUCAGGCCUAGUGAUGGGUGACUCUGUUUCUUUUUAUCCAAUUUUAAGGUUUUUGCCUUUCAAAACCUCUAAUUUUAUUAAGGUAUGUAGAAAAUAUAAUUGUUAAGUCCUUACUCAACAUGAACUGAUUUUUUGGGUCUACACUACACUGCUAAAUGCAAUUGGAAAGGACCAUAUUGCUCUUGUCUCCCAGGUAUCUAUUGAAAUCAAGUAGCUGAUAAAGAAAAAAAAAUAGUAACCUGAAUUUAGCCCCUAAAGCCACUGAAUACAUGAAUUUGGAUAGGAUCUUCCAAGAACUAAAUAGAGUUCAUUAGGGGCUCUUUCUCAUGGUUAUAUUAAAGUACCUUCUAUGAGAUGACAGAAAAAAUACCAGAUUAGUCUUCACUGUUCUAGUGGCCAAGCUCUCUUUUGCUUCAGGAAUGAGCCUGAGAGCAAGGCUGUCCUUACUUUUUUGUUGUCAGAAAAGUUCAAGAUAGCAAUUGAUGAAUUGCUUUGGCUGCAUUCCCCUUCCUCUUUUGUCACUAUCCUUGGCAAAAUCAACCAUAAUAUAUGUUGGAGAGGUCUUGGGUGUCUGAAGGUAAAUAUCAGAAAAGGUGGUUGUAGCUAUUUUUCAGGUCACUGUUUGACAUGGAUAUGCUCUAUACUGGUGUCUUGGCAUUUCUGACAGAGGUCUAUUGGUCUGCUGGAAGACCGGCAUUCUAAUGUCCAAAAAUAUCCUGACCAUUAAGGAUGGCCUAGGAGGUAUGGAAUGAAGCAGAGGUAAGGUGACAUGGCACAUCAAGAGACUUCCCAUUCAUUUCAUGUUGUGCUCCUCCCAUGCCCCACUGACAUAUACUGGAACAUCAGAAUAUGUAGGAUGAAGCAGGGUUCAUCAUAUCGAGAAAUGUUCCUCUCAUUUUACCCAAAUGACCUGUGACGCUUUUGGGCACAGGUUGAUUACUCUUCUAGAAGAUUGUAGACCCAUAUUCAAAAGUAGUCCAAAUAACAGGUUAUAGGCAUGAUGCAGAGGUUGUGACGAACAUCAGAAGUUCUCCCUUUCUUUUCUUUGGCUGCACAUAUGUCCUGUGAGUUUAGAAGUGGAAGUUGACAGAGUUCUUGUUCAGCUCUCAAAUUGGUGAAAGCUACUUUCACCCAGAAACAUCCCACAAAGCAUGCAAACUUGCAUUUGGAGUAGGCAAAAUGAUACAAACAAACACCCCAGUGAAAAUAGUACAAAGCAGUGCAACCUGAAGGUCCUUGUUGGCGGAAGCAGUGGAAAGAUUAUAGCAUACACAUUUGGGAUGGAACUAGCAGCACAAUGUUUAGAAUUGUGUGUAUAACUCUUCUAGAGAAUCCUGGUAUGUAAAGUACCCAUAUAUUCCAAAAUAAUAUUUUGUGAAUAUAAGCAGAUGCCUCUGUGAAAGCCAGGUGUCCAAUCUCAUUUGCAGCCUCUUGUCAAAAUGGCCAUGGGUGGCAAUGUCCAACGACUGGAGGAGAGAGAUACUGCAUGUUCACAGCACCAAAACUGGCCAAUAAGAGCUGGAGACAGUGGUAUCAUUGUUAAUCACUGACAUCACUGCCAACAUUACCAACUCUACAGAAGCCCGUGUAACUAGAAGCAACCUCCCCAAAAUUUGGUUCAUUUAGAAACCUGAUUAAGCACAUUGUAUGAAUGCAGUAUACAGCUUGGCUUCAAUACUAUUGUGCUUACUCACUUCCUGCUAAUAUUUAUCUAUAUGCCUAAGCUAUCCUUCCUUGCUGGUAUCCCAGCUCAAUUCCAAUCAAAGCCAAAUUUGAUUAUAGUGAUUGACCAGAAAUCCAUUAUAAUAAAUAAAUCAUGAUAUAGAAUAAGACAUAUAUCAAUUUCCAUCUGUAAGCAAGUUACAAAUGAAAUGUAUGAUGCCAUUCUUUGAGAGACUCAGAAGCAAAUUCUUUCUUAUCAAAUUGAAUGUAUAGGAAAGAAAAACUUUUUCUCACUGGCACUAUUAAAUAUAAAACAUAUGCGUGAUAUUUAGGAUGGUUCUACAAUAGUUGCUUAUUUCAGAAUUACUAACCUCUUUUCUUUUGUAGGAAGUCAGCACCUUACUGACCCCCCAGAGAAUGAAAUAUUUGGGGGAAUAUUAAAAGAGGCAAGAUAGGAUUUGCCUAGCCAGCAAAACAGGGUGAAGAGAACUGUAUUCCCUUUUUCCUUACCUCUGUACCUUUAAGAAAAGGCCACGGUUGUCAGGAGGGAAUGUUUUAAGCUCAUUUUAGAGGAAAAGUUUUAGUUAUGCAUUUUUCUGUUUGUGUUGCAAAUGGGGUUUCUCUGUCUAUCCUUUUCCUGAAACAUGAGGUAUGUCCAUCCGCAAGAGCCUCUCAAGUUUGCUUGUGUGGGGAAACUUUCUUAAGUUACUUUUCUUAUCUUAUCUGAUUACAUAUAAGCAUAUUUUCAGUCUCUAAAAUAAUGUGUUCUUUUUGUCAAGUGUGUAUUGAUAAUGCUGGGCCAAAUGCUAUCAGGAUGUUUAAAAUUUCAAAACAAAUGUUAAAGGUAGACUCUCCUGCCCCUGGCAAAUUGUACACAUUAAAAUAUUAGGUAUAUAAAAUUAUUUGGAGCUUUCAGCAUUUUCAAGCUGCCUAGCAUGCAUUUGUUUAGUUUCAGAAGUGAUACCCUUCAUCUUUUUGUUCUCUUACCAGAAUCCAGUUUCUCUUUUUUCUCAUCUGUGGUGUCCCCAUUUUGUUUUGACUGGUCUUAUCUGUUUCUUUAACAACUGCAAUAUUAAUGUCUUUUCAAAACCCUGCCUGCAAGCUAUCCACCCCUCUCCAUCUCUUAUCCUCUCUUCUCCAUUCCUAUGUCAGACCAACAAUGGCUGUUCUGGGAGGGUCACCCACAAAGGGGGGGAGGGGCACUGUUCUCAUAUCUUUCAGGCCUGUACAGAUGACCCUCAGCAACCUUUGGAAGCAGAGCACACUGACCAGACAUGCCUCCAGAGAAGACCCUCCAUUAAUUUGAGCCAGGAAUUGGGUUUGGAUCCAGCCAUCUACUAGAAAGUCAUCAUUGCAACCAAAGUGGAACAGAUCUUCCCAGGCCUACAUCACCAAGAUGCCUGUGAAAGCUGCAGAAAAAAGGACUUCUGGAUCCAUUGGCCACCACGUAAAGCCUCAGAAGACAACUGGAAAGACUAUGGGGGGAGGGCAGAAACUCAUUGUAAGGUUUUCUUUCUUGCCUCUUUUAUGUUGUAAUUAGCCAGUUAAAUGGAUUCAUGGAGGGAUGACAUUUGGGAGUGGUUGGCACAGCAAGUCCUAAACACCUCAGACUUCUGUCUUGUGGGAGGGAAAUCUGUCAAGGAUGUUUGUAUUACCUGCCUUGUAGAAGUAGCGGCAGAUCACGCACACCAUUCAGAAUCACACUGAGGCUAUCCCCUUCACCUACCUCUAUGUAAAGCUCCCCAGGCUGGUUCUUGCUCUGUGGCACUAAGGCCCAUGCAGUCAUAUCUUUCUGCCAAUUCCAUAGGGGGGCAUGCCCCCUCAGACAAUUAUGAUUAACAAUCCAUAUGUCCACACUGAAGAGGUAGCAGAAAAGAGAUCUCCAAACCCCAAGCCCUGAUUGUGACUCAUAAAUGAUGUUGCCCAGUAAAGCAGAAUAUGUUGCACUGGUAGUCUCAUUAGUGGGAGUUAUAGGGCUCACUGUGUGAAAUUUCAGAAAUAUUAAUAGCCUGGCUUGCAUACUGGCUAAGCCCAAUUUGACAUCACAAACCCUGGAUGUACUAAACUGGAGCUAAGGCAGGUUCAGGAAGCAACCCCUGAAAAUGGGCAGCCAGUAAUUAUUUACUAAGACAAAACCAUGGCUGUGAAGAAUUUUGGGGCAUGUGCUUGUUUCAAACCUGACUGAAAGCUCACAGAAAGUGACAUCAAACAUCUAAAAUGAAUUGGCACAAAAUAUUGGAUACUAUAAAUUUUCUUUCUACCUUCAUUGGCUAAAAGCUCUUCUUUUGGGAGCCAUUGUGAUAACCAUGAAGAGUGCUUCUCUGCUGCCUCCACCAGUGUAUUUUCCUUUGCCCCAGUAGCCUGCAAAAUCAUCUCCCAUCUUAACCUCCCAAGUAAGAAUGCCAGCCAAAUAUCCCUUAAUGAUGAGCUCAAAAGACAAUAAAUACCAAGUCUACUCAGACAGGAUCUAAAAUUGUGCAAAAUUCAAAUAUUUCAGAAAAUAUUUGAAUUAGCACAAAAUGGAGGAUAUUGUAGGAAGUAAGCACCCCCCUAGAGAAUGAAAUAUUUUGGGGAAUAUUAAAAGAGGCAGGAUAGAAUAUUUCUCCUGAAGGAAAAAUGGAGAAAAAAUCUUAACAAUAGCAGAAAGCAACUCUAAUCUUCCUGCUAUAGAAAAAGAAAGCCUCAAGCAACUUUCAGCCCCCACAGCUGAUGGGAUUAAGAAGUUACAAUUCCCCCACCCAACUCCAAGGACAGGACAUGACCUCCCAGCCACAGUGGGAGUCAGGCAACAAUAAUUAGAAUACCAAAAGGGCACAUUCUUACACAGGUCAAAGUACAUUUCACAACAGGCAUCUCAAACACAAAAUCCCAAAGAAGGUAUAAAAACCCACCCACUC